AUGAUUGCCAAUUCCACCCAUCUUUCCAAACGGAUGUUUAGAUCCCAACGAUUAGUAGUCGUCACAAUCCUAGCUGGUUUUGUCACCUUAUUAAUAAUAACCGCCUUAGCUGGCCAUCAUGGGGGAGAAAUUGUUCGAAAUGUAAGUAAUCGAGUUGGAUUAAAUGAAUAUAGUUUUAAAACUAGUGCUGCUAUUAAUAAUGAAGAUUUGGAUACUGAUAGUGAUGGGAUGGCUGAGGAUGUGACUGAACAACAUAAAGAAGAACAAGAGGAGGAAGAAGCUGUGAAUAUGAAGGCGACUGGUGGGGGGAAGGCGAAACCGGUGCUGGAUGAUAAGGAAUUGGCAGAGGAACUUGCAGAGACUGAAAAGGAAGCCUUGGAUGCUAAGGAAGAGGCAAAAGCGGAGGCUGAGGCUGAAGCUAAGGCAAUAGCUGAGGAUUUAGAGGCAGAAGAGGACGUGGAAGCAGCAGCAAUAGCAAAGGGUGAAGAGCCAUCACUACAAAUUUCCACAUAA